AUGUUCCACUUAACAUGUGAAAUAUAUCCAACUUCAUUUAUAUCAUUACAAUAUUUUGCACAAAAACUUUUAAAUUAUUUACAAAAUAUUAUUAAAAUAUCUGAUGGUUUUCGUCGAAUAUUUUGUGAAUGUGAAAUUGAAUGUGAUGAUGAAUUAGAUGAUAUAACACGUACAGAAAAAUGUUAUUCGAUGAUCAUACGACAUUAUCGAAAUGAUUUUUCAUUCCUUUAUCGUAGUGAAUGUUUUUUAAGAUUAUCAGUACAAUUAUUUACUACACAUAGUCUCGCAAAAUAUUUAAUCUCAUCACAUAAUGCAUUUGAAACAAUCGUAGAUUCAUUUCUUGAAUAUUGUCAAUCAAAACUUGAUCAUAGUAAACUUUUAUUUUCAAGAGCAACAAAUGCAUCAAUACAACAUGAAUUUCGACGUGCACAAUCAAUUCUUUAUGAUUUAAAAUAUUUAUUAGGUGUUGCACCUCAAGAAUAUACAACUGAACUUCGAGAAAAUUUUCUCAAUGGUUUUCGAGCAUUUCUUCAAUUAUUAACUUAUAUGCAUGGUAUGGAUAAAGUAACACGACAAGUUGGACAAUAUGUAGAAUUUGAUCCGGAAUGGGAAACAGCAUUUAAUUUAGUUAUCAAAAUUCAAUCAAUUAUUUCAUCCAUAUUAGAUUGGUGUACACGAGAUAAAGAAUUAUUACUUGAUGCAUAUGAAGCAACAGGUUUUGCAUUAGCAGAAAUACAAAAAACAAGUGAUGUAUCACAUUUAAUUAAAGAUAAAAAUAAUUCAUCUAUUGUUAAAACAACUGUAAAUCAUCUUAAAAUUGAUUGUUAUGUAUAUGAUGUUGCAAAAUAUCCAAUAUCAGUGCAUAUUUCUGUUGUUAGAUUAAUUGUUGCUCUUCAUAUUUAUCUUCAAAAAUAUACAAAUACAGCAACAACAUUUAAUAACCUGUGUGAAAAAUUAACAAUCUGUCUAUGUUUUAUAUAUGAAGAAGCAUUACGUAUUCAAGUUCUUUGUGCUCAACAUGUUGCUGGUCUAUGGAAACGAAAUGGUUAUUCAUUAUCUAAUCAAAUUUAUUAUUAUUCAAAUGUUAAAUGUCGAAAAGAAAUGUAUGAUCGUGAUAUUCUUGCAUUACAAGUUGGUGCUUCAUUAACACCAUCUGAUACAUAUUUAAUUCAACUUAUGCAUAGAUUUAAUUUAUUAGAAUGGAUUCGGUAUGUAUUUAGUUUAAGGCAAAAAAAUUUUCCAUAAUAUUCAAGGAUCAAAAAGUAGAUUUUCGCAUGACGAGAGAUUUCACAGUCACCCCUAUACCCUUCUGGGACAUCGAAUUCGAAGAAGUCAACAAACAAAACAGUUUUUCAACUGGCAAUUAGAAAUAUUAAAUCAUAGGUUUAAAACCGAUGAAAUAAAUUCGCAUCAGUUACUGGUCGGAUUACAUUUUAUUGAUCGGAGACUAAAAAAA